AUGGCACCCAAGAAGCAAAAGCAGAGACGUUCAGUUGUGAGGGCUACAAGGAGAGUGGUGAAGGAGACAGUGAAGAUUGAACUAAUAGGAUCCGAUCUCUCAACAACCCAAGAAGAGGAGCUUGUGGCCACUACUACUACCGUGUCCAAAAAGAAACAAACAACUCAUCAUCAUUCCCCAAAAGUGAUCAGAACAAUCCCCAUCGAAACCCAAGAAGAAGAAGAGCAGGAAACCCAAAUGGAAACAGUCAAAGAAAAUAAGAAGGGUGGUCGUGGUGGUGUAAAGAGGCAGGGGAUGAAGAAGAAGAAGAAGAAGGGAUUGGAAGGGUACAAGAUUUACGUGCACAGGUUGAUGAAACAGAUUCAUCCAGAUAUGGAGAUAUCAGAAAAGGCUAUGAAUGUGGUGAACAAUUUCAUGGGCGACAUGUUCGAGAGGCUGGCGGAAGAGGCUGCAAGAAUGUCCAAGUACACUAACAAGAUGACAAUAACCUCGAGGGAGAUCCAGACGGCUGUCCGAUUGGUACUUCCAGGGGAGCUAGGAAAGCAUGCGGUUGCAGAGGGAACAAAAGCCGUAGUCAAUUAUGUGUCCUAUCCCAAGACCAAGACCUAG